AAAAGAUUUUGGAAUCCUUUACUUCUGUUCUCAACUCCAUAAAACGGGACCUUGUGAAGACCACCAACAGCAAGUAUAUACAUAGAGCAAACAAAGAUAAAAACCAGCAAACCUCCUUUCCGUAACAAGCCACCACAACCGAGAAUGGCCGUACCCAAGUUCUCCCUCAGUCGCCUCAUGCAGUCCGGCCUCCGGUUCUCCACCCCUCCUCGAUCGGCCGCUCCUCCGGCAAGCUUCCGUACGUUCUUCGGGACGUUUAGCGACGGCAAGCCCAUCAUAUGGAAACCCACUACUGAAGGCUACCAUCUCAAGGUGAUUUUAGGGCCUCUUUCUGAUGAUGAAGUCGACGUUAAAAUCAAGGGAUCACAGCUCAUUGCUCAAGGCAAAAAGGAGGAGAGCAUCCCAGGCAGCUGCAUUGCUUCAAUCAUGAGGUUCAAUGUGGAUCUGCCCAUGGAUGCCAUCGAGCCCGACGAGUUCACGGCCAAGAUGGAUGGCUGGUUUCUGAACGUCUUCUUCCCGAGAAAGAAGGCGAAGAUGUCUGCAAUAUAUGACAACUGGGAGAGGCUUGUUGAUGCUGUUCUGAAGAAACAACAGCUAUGGCAGCUUUUUCACGAUCAUUCGAGGAGCCCCAGCGUCCUCUCCGAAGCUUCGGAUUUUAGCUCUAGCUUCAACUCUAGGCUCUCACUCGAUGCCCUUGACCUCGCGAGACUUGAAAGUUUAUCGACGUACCAGAGGACUCCGAAGCUGGUUUUCGUUUCGGAUUUCAGUCACUCCAUCAAUUUCGAGCAUGUACAGCUGGCCUCUUCUGAGUGUCUCGGCAGGGGAACCUUCGGGAGCGUUUAUGUUGCUACAAUGGACAACGGGGUAGGAAUCGUGGUCAAGAGACUCUACCCGAGUGUUUCACAAAAGGAGUUCAGUCGCCAGAUGGCGAUUAUUGGAGGCGUUAGGCACGCGAACGUGGUUUCAUUGCGAGCUUACUACUCUUCGGAAGAUGAAAGGCUCAUGCUUUAUGAUUAUUACCGUUGGGGGAGCGUGUAUUCACUCUUACAUGGAAGAAAUGGUGAACCUCGUGCUAACGUGGACUGGGAAAGCAGGCUAAGAAUCGCGAUUGGUGCAGCCAGGGGUAUUACUGAAAUACAUAAACAUAAUGGCGGGAAGCUUUUCCAUGGAAACAUAAAAUCGUCAAAUGUUUUUCGUAAUCCUGACCAGUUUGGUUGCGUAUCCGAUCUCGGUCCAACAAGCUUGAUACAGACAGUAUUCAUGCCAACUGCAUAUUACUGUGCCCCUGAAGUAAAGAGUUCCGAGAAUGUGUCCCAAGCAUCAGAUGUAUAUAGCUUCGGGAUUUUGUUACUUGAACUUCUCACUAGAAAGCCCAGCGUUCAUGUUCCUGGUGGUCCCGAGGCUGUUGACCUAGUCAAAAUGGUUGCUUCCAUAAGGAACAGGAUUAGGGCUGCUAAUGUAUUUGAUGCAGAUCUGUUGAAGCAACCUACCAUAAAAGAGCAGAUGGUUAAAGCAUUGCAGAUAGGAAUGAAAUGCGUCGAAAAGUCGAUAAAGAAGAGACCUAGGAUGUCUGAAGUAGUGAAGAUGUUAGAGGAAAUUAGUUCCUUGAACCCCAUAAGUGGUGCUCCCGUGGAAAGAAAACUUGUGUUCUUUGAGGAUCCUAACCCCGCAUUUGAUCUUGAAGAUAUGCUUAGGGCUUCUUCUGACGUGCUUGGGAAAGGAACAUUUGGAACUUGUUACAUGGCAAGAUUAGAAACUGGUAACACAAUUGUUGUUAAGAGAUUGAAGGACGUUGUUGAUUCGUUUAGUUUUUUUCAGCAACAUAUGGAUAUGAUUGGAAGAAUCGGGCACAAAAAUGUUGCUGAAGUGAGGGCCUACUACUAUUUUGAAAGGCUCUUGGUUUAUGAUCACUAUGCUCAAAAGAGUUUAUCUGUUGCGCUGCAUGGGAAACUAGGAACUGAUAAGACACCUCUAGACUGGGAGAGCCGCAUGAAAAUUGCAGUGGAUGCAGCCAGGGGUAUCGCUCAUAUCCAUAGUAAAGAUGGCCGGAAGCUCGUUCAUGGAAACAUUAAAUCUUCAAACAUCUUCCUUAAUGGACAAAAACAUGGCAUUGUAUCCGAUGUUGGUCUGGCAAAGCUGGUAAGUCCCGUCAGAAGAUCAGCUAUGCCAACUCCAGGCUAUUGCGCCCCCGAACUUAGAGACACUGGAAAUGUGUCCCAAUCUUCUGAUGUCUACAGCUUUGGAGUUCUUUUGCUUGAACUUCUCACCGGAAAAAAAACAUCUCAAAUCAGUUUAGAUGAAUCCAAGACCUUCUCACUGGUUGACUGGGUUAUAUCUGUUGUUCGUGAAGAAUGGAUUGCUGAAGUGUUUGAUUUAGAGCUUAAGAGGCAUGAAAAUGACGAGGAGUCAAUGGUACAGACUUUACAAAUAGCAUUGGAAUGUGCUAGCAGUGUCCCUGAACGGAGGCCUAGGAUGUCUGAAGUAGUGAAGAUGUUAGAGGGAAUUAGUGGCAUGGAGCCAUUAUAUGAAUCUGGCUCGGGAGUUCAUCGACUUAUGGAAGAGCUACAAAGCUGGUUAAUCGGUUCAGAUUUCAGUCCUCCUAUGGACUUGGAAAAUGUCAACCUAGCUUCUGCUGAAUUGCUCAACAGGGGAAAUUUGGGGGCCACAUAUGCAGUUACAAUGGAUAAUCGAGUGAAAAUUGUGGUGCAGAAACUUAAGCCGAUGGAUAUUUCUGAGGAUGAAUUCAAGUGCCGCAUUGAUAUUAAUAUUAUAAGUAACGUGAGGCACGAGAAUGUGGCUGGAUUUCCUUCGUUUGUUUUGGAGUUAAUUAAUAUAUACAUAUAUAAA